AUGUCGUUGUCAUUGAAUUCUAAUAAUAUUUGGAAAGUACAACAAUUGUUGGUUGCCAGCAACGGAUUUACAUUUGGAGUAAAGAUUGCCAACAAGUCAUCAACUCUCUGGACAUGCAGCGUAAGAUCAUCCAAACUUCGAUGCCAUGCCACAGUUAGCCAAAAAGGAGACCACUUUAGGGCAGGAGUUCAGCCACACUGUCAUCCAGCAGACCCUAAACUCCCCAUCUACAAAGAAGUAGCUGCAAUGGUGAAGGAAUGGAUCAGUAAUCAGCCACAAUCUAGAGCCCUGGGUGUUGUGACUGAUGUUGUGACCAGCUGCAUUCCAGAAGAACAGCGUUUCCUUGCACCCAAGCAGAGCCUCCUGAAAAGAACUGCCAACAAGUUCAGAUCUGCCAACACCCCACAAGAACCUUCAGAUCUUGAUUUUGAGUUGGACGUGGACUUCCUGAAAUGUGAAGAUUUCCUACUAGCAGACCUCAGAGUUGGUGCUCAUAGACAUUUAGUUUUCGCAACACCAUUCCAGAGGAACCUCCUGAAGCACUCUAAACGCUGGUUCAUGGAUGGCACAUUUAAGGUUGUCAGGGAUCCUUUCAAGGCCUCCGGACAACUACUUAGCAUCCACUCCUUCAUUCUCCAAGAUGGGCGUCGGAAGCAGCUCCCACUUGCCUUUGCCUUGAUGUCGAGGAAGACAGAGGAGGACUAUGUAGCUGUGUUACAGGCCAUCGUGGACUGUCUCCAGCAGACCAGUGUGGAAGAGUUCAUGGUGGAUUUUGAAGUUGGUGCCUGGUUAGCCAUUCGCCGUGUUUUUCCAGCAGUGGCGAUCAAGGGGUGUGUGUUCCAUUGGACGCAAGCGGUCUGGAGGCACGUACAGUCCUGUGGUUUGGUUAGGGCAUACAGGGAUCAGGAAGCAGUCCACAAGUACAUCCGCCAACUACUUGCGCUGCCCUUUCUGCCUGCCCAGCACAUCGUGGACACCUUCCCACACCUGAAAGACAGGGCCAACACCCCCCAACUGCAAGACCUGGUCAAUUACAUCGACCGCCAAUGGUUCCGUCACCGGGUGUUCAGGGUGCAGGACUGGUCUGUGUUCCAACGCACCGUCCGUACAAACAACGAUGUUGAAGGGUGGCAUAACCGGUUGAACACCAUGGCCAGACAUGGAGGAGUGCCAUUCUACAAGCUGAUUCCACAGCUACGUCAAGAGGCGGAUAUCGUGGAUGUCACUGUUCGGGCUGGAGAUCUCGAGAGGGACACAAACAGAAGGUACACGGCGAUGGAGAAGAGGAUCGAAAAGGCCUGGGAGGAGUACAUGUCUGAUGCCUGGUCGACGACCCAUUUCCUCCGUGCGAUCUCGAACUGUUACUGCCCCUCAGUCAACACCGAGCUCGAGUAUAGUGUCAUCUAUGUAAACACCCAAUUAACACCUCCAUGCCAGCCUCAGGUGUUCACUGUUAUCAAGAUCAUCUUGCCCAAUGGCUCCAGUUAUAAAGAUGACAUACCAUUUCUAUCAAAUUCGGACGCCUUAUUGGUAACGCCUGAAGAGACAGAACAUCUAGAUUCAGUUGAAACAAAAAACUCGGACUCCAUCAAAAAGGACGGCUCAGAAUUUAUGGCUUUCGGUGCUCGAGUUAAAGAUUACCUGCAGUAG